UACCCUCGUGCAGUGGAGUUCAGUUGUACGGGACGCGUCGUCGCGAGCGGACGUCUCUCGAUACGCAAAUGAGGGAACUUUAUGUUACGUCACUCGAUAAUAGCCUCAGGGUGAAAUUCUGUAGAUCGCUGAUAAUAAGUGUCCUCAGAGGGGUGGUUUAUAAAUUGGUUUAGUGGGAUGUUGUUUCGAUGAUACCGGUGAGAUGGUGCGGCGGUGGGAAGUCAAGCGUGUGCUUAUCACGCACCUAUGCACCACGUUACUGUGGAUGUUCAGCUGUUUUAACGGUUUUGAAGCAGUGAAAAUUGUAAAAUUAGUAGUACCAGAAAUUAUCCAGUAUGGUGUUCAAGAUUCCGUAAUUUUAGACUGUGAUUACACGUAUGGUAAUAACACGUCGGGCUUAGUGGUGAAAUGGUUCUUUGAGAAUAAAAACCAACCAGUUUAUCAAUGGAUAGCCACAAAGAAACCACAAGAAAUGGGUAUAUUAAGAGGUCGUGUUGAUUUAAACUAUAGAGCAUCGAAUGACCCAUUAAAAAUGCAUAGAGCAAUAAGAAUAAUAAAGCCCGACACAGAAAUUUCGGGUGAUUACACAUGUGUAGUGUCAACGUUUCUAGAAGAAGAUUCUAGAACUAAGCAAAUGAUUGUAUUUGUACCGGAGACGAACUUCCGGCUGAUCCAGAACAAGACGGAUGACGACACCGUGAAUGUCAUCUGCGCAGCGGAUGGAGCGUAUCCGGCGCCAAACCUGACGCUCGCCACACCGGACAGGCGUCUAGAAGGAGUUUCACAUACACUAAAUUAUAAUGCAAAAGGGAGGUACUCUGCAUUUUCGUCGGUCACGUUGCGCGAUGCAGACCUACCUUCGCCAGCAGAAUUUAUCUGCACAUUAAGGAUACCGCAAGCUAAAUAUGCUGUUAGAAAAGAAGCUAUUUAUUAUCCAGGGCCCAUAAGUACGACGCCUGAAAUGCCGACGGCGGCCGACAUGCAACUGGCGGCUGCAGUUGGCGUUUCUAAAGGUCCAAAAUUCUGUACAGCACUGACGAUACUUCUAAUAAAUGCAUUAGCUCAAGUUAUUGUAUCAUAAAUUUGAGGAAACAACCCAGAUCUAACAAGUGUUAAAAUGAAUUGAAAGGAAAGUGAAUUAAAUCGGUUCUCUAGUCUUUUCCCCAAAGUGACUUUACCAAAAAAAAAAAAUGAACAUUUAUUGACAUAAUAUAAUAUCUGCAUAAUAAUUAUUAGAUACACAAUUUCACAAUAAAAUUGUCAAGCAAAUCCAAAUAGCUUCUAUGUGUAAUAAUUGCGUGUUGAAAGCAAAAAUUAACUGAAUUGUAGCUAUCGAAUUGUACAGUUAUGAAUAAUGAAUUUUCAUAUUAAACAAAUAAUAUUUUUCUUAAUAAUAAUAUAUAAAAUCCAUUAAGUGUAUAUAAUGUUUUCUUCAAAAGAAAAUGUACAUAUUUAUAUUUGUUUUUAAUAAAUGUAUUUGGGCCUAAAUGUGAUGAGACAUCUUUUAAUUUCACUUACAAUUCUCUAUGAAUUUAAAAUAGUUUUUCCUUUUUUUUUAAAUAGCUAAUGUUUUAGCAAAUUUAUAAAUAACAUGUUUUUUUUUUAAUGGAUGAUAAUGGUAUGGUAACUCCACCCGCUCUAUCGGUAUACACCGGCGAGGCACCAGUGAAGGAUGAUAGGUGAGGAUGAAGCAAGUCAGUUAGCCCAUCGUGACGAAUUCAACAAGAAUUGUUCACGAUGAUUUCCAGGGGGAAACACGUGGAGGUCAACCUAAUAGGGCAUAUUGCUAGCAAUGGGGCUGUCAAAUUCCAUUGCUAACAAUCCCUUUCCCCCUUAAAUAUCAUGUUGAGUUCGAUUGUCGGUCUUACAUACAUGUUAUAUGACUUACAUGUUAUUUUAACAGUACAGUUCAUUAAAUAUAAAAAGGGUAUAAUUUUAAAUAGAUUUUUUUUAAUAUGUGUCAUAUUUGAAAUAUCUAUUUUAUACGUAAUACCUCUGGUAUUGCAGAUGUUCAUAGGCUACGGUAAUCACUUACCAUCAGGUGAGCCGUAUGCUUGUUUGCCACCUCAGUGAUAUAAAAAAAAUCUAUUUUAUAACAACUUCAAAUUAAAAAAUGUCUGUACAUACGUCGGCGAUUUAAUUUAUUUUUUUCAAAAUAUUGUUAUUUAAAAUUUUUAUAUAAUUUAGUGAUACCUUCUUUUUUAGUAAAUGUGUAUGUUUAAAAUAUUUCACAUGUAAAAAGUUUAAAUGUGUAUUAACAAAUUUAUUUCAGUUCAAAGUUUACAUUAAACACAAUAUACGUAUGACCUGUACAAAUUCUAUGAGAUUGUUUAUAAUUGUUUAAAAGGGUUGAUCCUUAAACAAACAGGGUAUCGUGUUUAGUUAAACCUAAGUUGAAAUUUUAGUAAUGGUUCGAUAUGAAUUUUGGACAAUAUAAUAAAUUUAAAUUUAAAAAUACUCUCGCCCUUAUUCGUAAACCUAUUUUAACUUCCAUUAUUUUUAUUAACAAAAAUAACAUAAUUCGCUUUGUCAUUGAUAAAUAAUUAAAAUCUAUAUCUGCUGUUACACAUACAUAAUAUUGUAUGGUUAUAAAUUCGUUCACGAUUAAGGGCCAAUGUAAAUAUUUGUAUGGAAUUUGUAUGAUGUAAGCCGUAAUGUAAGUUUUUAUUUAUUUAAAAAAAAAAAAACAAUAUUACAUUCGCUGUGCAUAUUGCCGUUUAUGGAUAAGAUCCAGUCAAGACUUUUAUUGUGAGAUUUCUUAAAAUAAUUAAAAAGGA